UAAUGAAUACAUUUUCACUUUCAACUGGGAAACAUUGGAAGCCAGAAAUCUGGUGAAUAUUAUUUCUUUUUCGAUUAUGAAGCCGGAAUCGAAUUAUAAUGAUGAGACGGCUAGCGGCGAUGCAGCUCAUCCAAUCAUCGAAGCGUCUUCUACCGGCGAUGCUCACCCAAUGGCUACCUCAACACCGGGCCGCAUGACCACCCGCAUGAUCACUAAGCAGAAUAUCAAGAUAUCUCCAUCAUCAUCGCCGGCGAUCGGGAAUAAUAAAGAGCAAUCGCCAUCGACUUCACCACCGACAGCAUUGACACCGACACUAAAUACAGCAAGUGUAGCCAACACUUCCUUGCCCCAAAGAGUGCCAAGAUCCUUGCAACACAUUAAGGGUCGCUGCCCAGUCCGCACAAGUUCUUUGGAGGGUGCCAGGUCUCCCAGAGGACGUCCUAAGAAACAAGUUCUCAAGACACAGAUGACUAAAUCACCGAAAGCUGAACCGGAAUCACCAAAAGCAGAAGCCCUAAAAACAAAAUCUGAAUCGUCGAAGAAUGCAACCCCCAAAGAGCAAUCGCCUUCGACUUCACCACCGGCAGUAGUGACACCAACAACAAAUACUACAGGUGUAGCCAACACUUCCUUGGCCCAACGAGUGCCAAGAUCCUUGCGACACAUUAAGGGACGCUGCCCAGUCCGCACGUGUUCAGUGGAGGUUGCCAGGUCUCCCAAGGAAGGCCCUAAGAAUGAAGUUCCCAAGACACAGAUGACUAAAUCACCGAAACCCGAACCGGAAUACCCAAAUGUAAAAUCGGAAUCCCCAAAAGCAGAAGCAAAAGCUUCUCCUACCCCUAAGCCGGAACCUGAUGGUACAUCGCGUUCCCAAAAGCGUCAACAUUCUCCAGAGGACGCUAUAUCGGAGCAAGCCUCUACUUCGGCCAAGGCGACCAGGGCCAACGCCGAGAUCUCCCCGUCCCCACCCCUUCCUUACCAGCUGUACCAGGUGAACAUGCACAACUGUCCGGUUGGACUUCUUAUUCUCAACUCGGAUCAACAAAUUGAACCCAACGGAGUGACGGCAGCUAAUCAGAGCCUGGAAAAUCCAUUUCGAUUUACGGAGCCGACACCAGCAGUAAUAGCAAUCAAUGCACUGGAAACACCGCCGGUAGAGAAUCCUUACAGAAGUACCACUGAACCGAUACCGAAAACUAAAAAUUACUGCUUGAUUAUGUAAAACUGUAAUGUUCACGAGUUCUUGUUUCCGGAGGACGAUCAUGAAUUAAGAUCUAUACUAUUUUCGAUUCGCAAAUUUUUAAACACCAUAUAAACCACAAAGAGACUCAUCAAUAAACACUCUCUAAUACUCUCGCUUAA